AUGGAACACCACCCGAGCGGUGGUUCUCCAUUUCGGAACGGUGUGCCUCGGUACCUCCUCGUCCGCGAGUUCCUCAACGCGCGCGUCUCGGAAACAAAACUCCUGUGCCAUUCUUUGAAACGUAAACUCGGCGAAGAUCUCUUCGGGAGCUCCGCCGUGAGCGGGAAGAGCAGGAGGAGAGCCACCAGUCCGAGGAGUUGGAAAUUUUGGCAACGAGACGAGAGGAAGAGGAAACGAAAAGGAGGAAACGAGGACGAAAACGAGGAGGAGCGUCUUCCUCGCGAGAAGCGAAGGAAAGAGACGAGGAAAGAGUCGUGGAGAAAAGAGCGCGGGAAGUUAGCCACGCACGAGUGGUUGGCGAAGAGGUGCGCUCACUUUUCUCUUCUUCUUUCGAUUUUGCGUCUCGAUUUUAUAUUUCGUUCGCUCUCGCUCGCUUUACGCUCGAUGCCGAUGAAGAAUAAACACGCACCCAGCCAAUCCGAGAUGAACACGAUGGCGACACGCGAUUUAGUUACCUGA